AUGUCUCUAGCAGAGACUGAGGAUGGACAGGUGCUCAACGUCAACGCAGAUAGCGCUGCUGCCGAACUGGCUCGAGCACUGAAACCCCAGCCCCUAAAGGUGGUGAUUAACCUCGAUACGGAGUACGAGCACCUUAGGAGCCAGCCAUGGUGUCGCUAUGGAACGCGUCUUAAAUUCGUUGAGUCUGUGACCCACGAAGCUCUAGUACUAUUUGCAUGGGUGCUGGAGGUGCAAUGCAAGUCUAACAAGACACAGCUUCCGGCGCUGGCACGCUCAUCCGACGAGGAGAUGCGAUACAACGUGUAUCCUCCUUGUCCGAAUUCCCAGAUCUCAGCCUGGUCAAGGAAACUCUUCUCAACAGUCACAAAGAGCCUCGAUGCGAGGCUAGGGUUGACCGCCUCUGUAGUUUCUCAAGUUUGGGUGGCUGGUAAACUAGCUGAGAAUAUCUUCUCAGCUGUGAAAACGGAUAACCCCCUUUUAUAUUGGAAGGUAUCGGAAGAGGAUGAGAAUCUCAUCUGGUUCUUUGAGAAGGCUGAUGGGCAUUUUAAGCACGACGGGGGUGUUCACUUUUAUUACGGCUCAGACUAUGACGCUGAUGCCCUGAUUUCGUUUUCGACGACUUUAUCUCCUAUGAAUACGCUACGAGGGGCGAAUUAA